CGUACGAUCCCGCAAACGGAUUCACGCUGAAAAAGUUAGUGCAAACCCGUCUCAAAAUGAUCCGUGAUCCUGGUGGUACGAGUCCGAAUGAAAAUCAAGACUCACCACCAUCGCCCAAGUAUGAUCGAAUAUUGGGACGACCAGCUCCACCGGAUGAGACAGAAAUACCACUGGACAUGACUGUCCGGCGGAAGGAUUCGUCCGAUGGGCAGGGCUCACCGACCGGAGUCGAUCCUGGGCGGGAUGUACCGAUCAAUCUGAAUGUGCGCCCGAGCGUAAUAACGAAAGCGCCACCGCCACCAAUAAAGAAACGCAUCAGCCACAUGCACACCAACGGUGAAAUAGUGCUAAAAAGUAGUGUGAGAACGACGACCACCGUCGAGUCGGCACCGAUCGUGAACGUAUCCUCCACGUACUGUGAUGUGUCGAUCGAGGAACACUUCCGCCGUUCGCUCGGUCCAACGUACAGCUCCAUCUACGGUGAUAAGCAGCAACUACCGCUGAACGCGCUAAACAACAAUACUAGCCUCGGAGGACAAGCACCGGUGCCUCAUAUAGCGCAGCAAAAGGUCCAUCCGCUGCCACUUCCGCUGCUGUUGCAAAAGCACUCGAUGGAAACGAGCGAAUCGUUACCAGGACUGGCAGGCCCGGGACCGGUUGGUACGAGUGGUGGCGGUGGAGGAGGAGGAGGGAUGCGGAACCACAGUAGUAGCAGUAUUAGCUCUAGCUCGUCCAUCAGCUCGAACAGCAGCAUAUCGAGCAGCUUGAGCAAUACGAGUGGCAUUAGUAGCAGUAGCAGCAGCAACAUCCCCAACAGUAACAUCAGACCAUCCGGUCCGAUCGCUGGUGGUAUACGUGUGGUCGCACCGGAUACGAUCGAGCUAAAGCUUUCGAGUGAUCCCGCACCACCGGUCCCUCUCGUACCGGCAACCGUCCUACCACCGUCACCCGGUGCACCGUCAGCCGCCGCUGCCAGUGUGGCCAUUUCGCUGACAUCACCGAAACACCUGCAUCAGCAACUACCGCCAGCGCCGGCCAUUUCGCCCGCCUCACUCACCACCACCAUGUCCCUAGCGUCCUCGUCCCCAUCGUCCUCGUUGGCGUCUUCGCCUGCGCCGUUUCUUACGACGACGACGCAACAGAAGAGGCCCGAUUCGGGCGAAGAGGUGGACGAUCAUUUCGCAAAAGCGCUCGGUGAUACGUGGAAGAAAAUUCAGGAAAGCAAUAUGAAUUUGUGAG